AUGAACUUUAUUAAUGAAUUUUUACUGCUGCUAACAGCAACGCUACAAUGCGAAGGGAGCUUGUCACUCCUCGGUGGAAUAUUAUCAACAGCUCAUGAACAUAUACAUUCCCGAGUUCACGAUGUGGCUGGAGCUGUGCUUGGCACUAUAAACAAGGGACUUAACUUGAAUUUGGAAGGACACUUAGGAGUCAACCAACAGAGACAACCGGGCUAUGACUACGAAACAACUCACGGGCAAGACGUAAUAUCUAAUAAUCCGUACUACAACAACUACGGUUCUCACGUGAACGAGUAUAGACCCAAUACAAACGGCGGAGUUCAACAACCUAUAAAUAACAAUCAACGGCCAUAUGUUCCGAACAGCAACGGAUAUAACAGACCUGCACAAAAUAGUUACAACAACUUUAAUGAACAAUACGAAAACCAAUAUUCUGGAUAUCCCAACAACAAAUACGAACACAAUCAACAAAAUCCUAACAAUAACAAUUUUGGCUACAACCAGCCACGUCCCGAUAAUCAAAAUUAUGGGGCUGGAAACAAUUACCCAAACAAUCAAAAUCAAGGCUACCCUUACAAACAAAACCAAGGCAAUCCUAACAAUCCAAAUUACUCAAAUAACAAUGAUUAUCAUAACCAGAAUGAUUACAAUAAGCCAAAUUCUGGUAAUCCCAUUUACAACGGACAAGGCCAAAAAUAUCCAAAACCGAUAUCUACACCUGCAGCAAGGCCAGAAUAUUCUGAAACUACUACCCUAUCUAACGGAGAUGACACUAAUGAGGAUGAAGAUGACAAAUCUACGGAAAAUACCACUGAAGACUUGCCACUUUUUAUACCUCUGGGCCCUAAUGAUUACGUAUAUGGCGGAGACAAAAUAAACGUUACAGCUCCCAAAAGGCAAACAAACAACAAACCACAAACUGCGCAGGAAGAAGAUUUCCCUAUUGACAUAAGAUUCAAGGACGAA